AUGCCGACUCACUGGCGGCCGACAUAUACCGACUCACUGGCGUACGACUAUGCCGACUCACUGGCCCACAUUUAUACUGACCUAAGAGACGUCAAGCUCACAGGUUACGCCCAUACUCUGUUGUGGACAGGCUCAAGGGGCCUGGCACAGGCUCAGGGGCCUGUGCACCAAGGGCCUAGUGCAGACUCAAGAGGCCUAGUGCAGGCUCAAGGGCCUGGCCACGCAGGCUCAAGAGCCUUCUGCCAAGGGCCUGUGCAGGCCAAGGGCCUAGUACAGGCUCCAAGAGGCCUAGUACAGGCUCAAGAGGCCUGGCUGCAGGCUCAAGGGCCUAUUACAGGCUCAAGAGGCCCUGUACAGGCUCAGGGACUAGUACAGGCUCAGGGGCUAGUGCAAGCUCAGGGGCCUAGUACAGGCUCAAGGCCUAGUACAGGCUCAAGAGGCCUAAGUACAGGCUCAAGAGGCCUAAUGCAGGCUCAGAGGCCUUCACAGGCUCCAGCUAAUGCACAGGCUCAAGGGCCUGGAGGCUCAGGGCCUAGUACAGGCUCAAGGGGCCUAAGUGCAGGCUCACAGGGAGCCUAG